AUGGCCAAGUACGAGGUUAUCGACCAAGACCCUGUUUUCUCCAAGGUUGUCAGCUACUUCCGUGUGUCCGACUACCUAACAUGGUUGGGUGCCACUGCUGCAGGUCCACUAUCACUCAUCCUGCUUGAGAAGUAUGAACCAGCCUCAGGACGUCACUUCAAGAUGCCUAAGCCAAUGUUCCUGCGUGCAGGAGGGCUGGUUGGUUUUGCUACAGGUUUCUUUUUGGCUUAUAAUCAGUCUACCAAGAGAUUCUGGGGUGUUUCCGAAAACGCUAGAGAAGUGGAAAAGGACAGAUACGAAGUCAAGUCUUUGCUUGCCAAGGGUAAGAACCCAUACGGUAGCGAUGAAUCGACGCUUACUCCUUACAUGCAAGACUUAUCCGCCAGAUACUCGAAAAACUCACAAUUAUUGAUUGCCAUUCUUCCAUGGUUCAACUUUGUCGCUCACCCUUACCAUGGUGUUGACUUGAAGAAGUACUACGAGGUUAGAGAAGGUGAAGAGAAGUGGGGAUUCAACUUGGUUCCAUUAAAUGAAAUCAAAGGCCUACCAUGA